GUGUAAUUUGCAUCAAGAAGAGCCAAGACGUCGAUCGUGUCGCAUCACUUUUCGUGUCGCAUCACACGCACUUACAGGAGCUACACACGGCGCGGUUUGUCCACCUGCCCGCACCACCUCUAUCCAUCCAUCCAUCCAAAACCUAUAGACCCACAUGAUGACCAUCUCUCUAGCUCGUAGGAGGAAACCCCCGCCCCUCUAUACACAUACACACUCCCUGCCUCCCUCCCUCGCUCGUAUAUACACACACCUACACAACCGAUCCGUCAGCUCGUGAUUGGGGGCUCUGCGGCUGUCGGCUGCUGCUGGUGCCCCUGUAUCAGGUUGGCCUGCAGGUGGUAGGCCAGGUUGGUGUCGUCUGAUGCUGCCGGCUGAAACUGUGGCGCCGCAUUGUCGGGAUUCAGCUUCUUGAACUUGACCUGAAUGCGACACCGCAUUGCAAUGGACACGACACACGCACAGAUACACAAUGGACGCGGUGAUAUGCUCUUGUUGCUGUGUGUAUCUGUGGCGCUGACCACUUGUUUGAAGAUGUACUCUAGAAUGUGUCGCGCGCUGCGCUUCUCGCCCAGGUGCUGAACCAACACAUGAGUCUCAGAAGGAAUCGCUUGUCUGGGGUGCGUCCACUGCCCCGUUUCGUUCAUUACCUGGUUGAUGGCGAGCACUUCUCCGGCCUGCCGGACGUAGUACUCGAUGUCGUCGUCGCUGCACUUGUUGGUCAACUGAGCCAACUGGAUCCUGAACAAACACACGGCGCAGGGAAGCCGCUGAGCCAAACGGCCCAGAGGUUGCCUUCCCGUGUACCUCUCAGAUGCGAAUUGUUCAUCGAGGUCGAACAGGUCGAGGGCCGGAGGGGGCGGGUCACGGUAGAUUGGCGGGAACACUGAGGCGGACAGACACACAGCCACACAACGGAUGCAUGCCAUGCAUCGAAAACAAGAGUACUUAUACCUGCUGGCUGCAGUGGCGGCAGUGGUGUCUCGAAGCUUGGCGGGAUCAGCGACAGCGGCUCGUGCUUGAUGCCCAUCUCUACAACACACCACACCAAACCACAAACCACACACAAAACGUCGGGCUGCCAGUGUGUGCCUGGGUGCCUGCACGUGACAUGGCUGACUGACCUUGAUAGAGUUUGAUAGCGCUGGGAAUGAGUGAGGUGUCGAAUCGGAACAGCGAGUCGUCGAACAGCUGAGUGAAGUCACGAGGGAGCGGCUCGGGCUCCUGCAGACACACACACGGCAGCACAGGCACCACAUUCACAUCCUCACUCGGCUCAGUUGGCUACCUGCAGGCAUGGCUUGAGUUGUUCAGCGAUGCUGGCCGUCUGGGGGGCGUAGUGGUACUCGUUGAUCUCGGGCUCUGAACACACACACGGAGCGGGAUGGAUGCACGGGCACGCUAUGCGAUGCUAUGCGUGCUGUGUGUGUGUGAUGUCUCUCUCUCACCUUCUCCAUAUGGGUAGGACAGCUCGCAGUCGUUGCGGUGCAGCAGCCACUGAAACAACACAUCCUGCAUAGACCACACAGGCAGUGCCACACAGGUAGGUGGACAGCCAUACGGCCGGCAAUGGGCGGAUUGAUGCCGAGGCUGACCUGCAGCCUCGCAUUUCGUUCCUUGUCGAAGUAUUCAUCGUCGAAUAUCUUGACGCUGCUCACCACCAGCAGCCGACCCGUCGGACCACGCACACCCUCACUGCUGUAGGCCGCCGCCACCGGCCUGCACGCAACAUACAUGGCAUAGAAACAGGAUGAGAUGAGAUGGAGAGCUGGCUGUUGGUGUGUUGGGUCAGAGACUGACUGGUUGAGUUGACCUGUUGCAUGGGUAUGACACGUGGCUGCUGCUGAGGAUCGGCACCGCUGGCUUCUGCACAUUCAGCGUCGCACCUGAUGCCCCAUCAAUGUCAGUCACACUCAGCUUAUACGCAAGAUCCAUCCAUCGUAUGUCCGUCCGUUCUCACCGCACCGUAUGGGAAGACGAAGUCAAGCCCGGAUCGUGCGCUCUGGCCCAUCUGUGCCCCGGCAUCCGGCGCAUCCCUCAGCACGUUCAGCUGCGACACGAAUCCUGCAUCCUGCAUACACCAUUGCGCCGGAGGUGAAUGUACCCGCUGCCGUCAUUGCGCAUGUGUGUGGCAUGUAGGUGUCGGUGUGGGUACUUUUGCCUUCCUCUUCUCGCCCUUUGCGCAUCUGAGGAUGUCGCGGCAGAGAAUCCCCUGAGAGAUGAAACACUCCUGACAUAGACAGGUAAAGGACUAGAAUGAGUGGUUUGAGGGGUUGUGUCUGUGUGUCAAUGUGGCGAGAAGGUGUUGUGUGUGUAUGGGUGUGUGAGUGUGUUGCCUUAGGGUGUGGGUAUUUGUAGAAUGCGGUGCGGAGGACGGCGUCCGAGUUGACGAAGAUGCCGUACUGCUCCAGCAGGUAGUUCACAUUCGUCGGGUACCUAACACACACACACACACACAGAGUGGUACACACGUGCGUAUCUCCCUCCUUCUGGUAUGGUUUUCCUCUCUCUGCCCACCUUGCCUCCCCUCCCUGGCCAAUCAUGAUCAGGAUGCUCCCACCUACGCGCACUCGUGCACAAACCGACCGAUGCCCUCAUUGCUGCACUCUGGGCGCCUGUGUUUGACCCACCAGCGUCGAUGUAUUCCUUCAUGGCUUCGAACUCCUCCCCACUGAAUGGCUCACGGGGGCCGGCAAACACCACCAACUUGGCCUCGCGCAGCCGCUCCGCCGUCAGCGGCUCCUUGUUGAUCCCACACUGACCCAACACACAAGAAAGACCCGUGUGGCCCUCCAUGCGGCCGCCGUGCAUUCUCACCUGCACUUCUGUCCUGAGUUUGCGGAUCAUCUUUUUGAAGUUGGUUUGCGGCACGGCGGCCUCCUUCUUGGACACGUCAAAGAGCACCAGAUCCCCCUCGCCAGGCUCCGCGCCGUUGCGCUCCGCCACGUGAUUCAUCGUAUGCAUCUUUUGAGAACAGGAUGUGAUGAUCACAGCUUGAGAGCCCCUCACACGGACGCAGCGCACAGAUCCACGGCGGCGUUUUUCC